AUGUCGUCCCAGGAGAACAAGGGCGCCGCCAACAGCCCCUUCUACACGCCGGCCCAGGACCCUCCCGCCGGCACGGCCCUGGACCCGGCCUCGGCCCCGACGCUCUUCCAGCCGCUGCGGGUGCGCGGCCUCGAGCUGCACAACCGCUUCGUCGUCUCGCCCAUGUGCCAGUACAGCGCCGACGACGGCCACCUCACCGACUGGCACUUCGCCCACCUGGCCCAGUUCAUGAUCCGCGGCGCCGCACUGACCAUUGUUGAGGCCACCGCCGUAACCCCAAACGGCCGCAUCACACCGCAGGACUCGGGGCUCUGGCAAGACUCGCAGACGGCGCCCCUGAAGCGCAUCGUCGACUUUGCCCACUCGCAGGGCCAGAAGAUCGGCAUCCAGCUCGCGCACGCGGGGCGCAAAGCCAGCACUGUCGCGCCCUGGCUGGUUCCCAAGGGCCACACGAGCGCCGUUGCGAGCAAGGAGCAUGGGGGCUGGGAGGACAACGUCUGGGCGCCCAGUGCCAUCAAGUACGCCGAGGGCUAUGCGACGCCCAAGGAGAUGAGCCGUGAUGACAUUGCGGCGUUUGUGCAAGCCUGGAAGGAUGCCACGCGCCGUUCCGUCGAGGCCGGCGUCGACUGCAUCGAGAUCCACGGCGCGCACGGAUAUCUGUUGACCGAGUUUCUGUCGCCGCUCAGCAACCAGCGCACCGACAAGUACGGAGGUAGCUUCGAGAACCGCACGCGUCUUCUCUUCCAGACGAUUGAAGCCGUCCGCUCCGUCAUCCCAGAGUCAAUGCCUCUGUUCCUGCGUAUCUCGGCAACCGAGUGGAUGGAGCACGAGAGCAGCCCGAGCUGGACCAUCGAGGACAGCAUCCGCCUAGCCAAGCUGCUGCCGGCCGCCGGCGUCGACCUGCUGGACGUGAGCUCCGGCGCCAACAGCGCCAACCAGAAGAUCAACCUCCACCGGUACUACCAGGUCAACCUGGCGGGUCAGAUCCGCGAGAAGCUGCAGAAGGAUGGACUGAAGCUGCUGAUCGGCGCCGUGGGCAUGAUCAGCAACGCCGAGAUGGCGCGCUCGAUCGUGCAGGAGGGCAAGGAUGCAUCGGCGGAGGGGACCGGUGCCGCGACGCACGACACCGUCGAGGUCGCCGAGGAGUCGGGCCAGGUGACGCAGGCUGAUCUCGUGCUCGUGGCGCGCCAGUUGCUGCGCGAGCCUGGGUUCCCGCUGCGCGUUGCUCACCAGCUUGGAGUCGAAGUCAAGUGGCCGAACCAGUAUCAUCGCGGUGGCUGGUCGCGGAAUGCUAAGAUCUAG